AUGCUUGUAAUUAGCCAUCCGCCUUGCCCAGUUAGUAUGCAACGGCGCUCACAAGCCUCCGGCCCACAUCCAACAACCCCUCCAAGCUAUUCGCGAGUAGCAGUAAUGACCCUAACGUUUAGCCAUAUAUGCACGCCCGUAGCUCCAUCUCGUAAUAGGCUUGCCCAGCUACACACAUACUCCCGUAGCUCCAGCCCACGCAGGCUAAGGACACCUACGCGUUGGGUAGCCUAUACUAGGUUAGAUGAGCCGGGGCGCAAUAAGCACGCCGACACGUUCGGCCUUGCAUGCACAUCCGUAGCG